AUGAUCCAGGACUCAAAGCAGAUGACCUCCAAGGGCCUCCACUUUCCCUUGCCUCUCUUCGUCUCCGCCUCCUCUGACGACAGCCUCAACUCCACUUCUUUGUCUUCAUCGUCUCCCUUUAACAUCAAGACUCUAUCUACCCCAGUCGUUAUCAACGUCUUUCAUCCCUUUUCUGCGUCAAUGACAUCGAAAUGUUCUCAAGAGGGCUAUUCCGAAGGAGCAAAAGAUUCUGAAGCAUUGGAAAAACUGCCUUCUGCCCACUUUCAUGCUCUGCGAAUUGAGCUGUCCGCACGCCUUUGCCACGACCUAGCAUCAGUACCCUUUCCACUCGACAGGGAUUUUCCCCAAUCGGAUUCGUUCCGUCCCAGACUGACAUCCAAGCCUGCGAAGGGCUUCGAGCAGACCGAGGGCAUUUCACGACCCAUUCUGCUGGUCGAGACCAUGUCACUGGCCUUUAAUGCGUUGAAGCGAAAAAAGCCUCGGCUUGCUGCACUCCUCAGAACCCGGAUGUAUCACAGCCGUUUGGACUCACUCGGUAUCGAUGAUAUGCUCUCGCAGGCGGCCAACGCUCUGGACGUCUGUUGCUGUCCAAAGGAGGCUGAACUUCUUGAUCCUGAAGCAGAUUUCAGCCUCAACUUUGCAACUCAUCAUAACGACGUAUAUUCUCUUUUCGACUGCCUGAGACGGGGGCGACGAAAUUCGGCCAGACUCAGUCGUCAGACUCGAAGGACAGCCACCCUCGAGCAGCUCGCGAUGGAUCGUGGCUAUGAUAACACCAGACUCCCCAGAGCGCAGCCCCUGGAAGGCGGCUUCAGUGGUUGUGCUAAAACGCAAACUGCCCCACCCGAGGUGAGAAGUUAA